AUGCCCAAGCGGGGCUGUACCUUCGCGGACGCAGCCCCGCUGCAGCUGAAGGUCCGCGUUGGCCAGAGGGAGCUGAGCCGCGGCGUGUGCGCCGAGCGGUACUCGCGGGAGAUCUUCGAGAAAACCAAGCAGCUCCUUUUUCGAGGGGCCCAGGCCUAUAUGGAGCACUUGUGGGAGGAAGGCUGUGCCAUCGUUGACCUGCCAGAGUCCCCGAAGCCUGGCCCUACAGAGGCCCUUGGGACCCCCCGUGGGCAGAUGCUGAUCGGACCGGAUGGCCGACUGACCAGGAGCCGAGCCCAGGCCUCCGAAGCUGACCCGUCCGGGGCAGCGACCAGGGCCUGCUCCUCGUGCGUGCGAGCCGUGGACGGGAAGGCGGCGUGUGGCCAGUGUGAGCGCGCCCUGUGUGGGCGGUGCGUGCGAAUCUGCUGCAGCUGCGGGGCCGUGGCCUGCGCGCUGUGCGCCCUUGUGGAGUAA